CGCGCCGCCGGGUGACGUUGGAGCGCAGAAAUGGCGGCGGCGGCGGCGGCGGCGGGCGGCGGCAGCAACUACUGGGAGGAUCUGAGGAAGCAGGCCCGGCAGCUGGAGAACGAGCUGGACCUCAAGCUGGUCUCCUUCAGCAAGCUGUGCACCAGUUACAGCCACAGCAACUCUCGGGAUGCAAGGCGCGACCGGCACAGCUCUGACACUACCCCUCUCCUGAACGGAUCGAGCCAAGACCGAAUGUUCGAAACGAUGGCCGUGGAAAUCGAGCAGCUCCUGGGGAAGCUCACCGGGGUCAAUGACAAAAUGGCCGACUACGCCAACAGUGCCGGAGUCCCGUCCCUCAACGCCGCCCUGCUGCACACCUUGCAGCGGCACCGAGACAUCCUGCAGGACUACACACACGAAUUCCACAAAACCAAAGCUAACUUCCUGGCCGUGCGGGAAAGAGAGAAUCUGAUGGGUUCAGUCCGGAAAGAUAUUGAGUCGUAUAAAAGUGGCUCCGGGGUGAACAACAGGCGGACGGAGCUGUUCCUGAAGGAGCACGAACACCUGCGGAACUCCGACCGGCUGAUAGAAGAAACGAUAAGCAUUGCCAUGGCGACGAAGGAAAACAUGACUUCGCAGCGCGGGGUGAUGAAGUCCAUACAGAGCAAGAUGAACAGCUUGGCCAAUCGCUUCCCAGCCGUGAACAGCUUGAUACAACGGAUCAACCUCCGGAAGCGGCGGGACUCCCUCAUCCUGGGCAGCGUCAUCGGCAUCUGCACCAUCUUCUUGCUCCUGUACGCCUUCCAUUGAUGGAUGCUUUGCGCAGAGACUUCCGGUUUCCGGGCGCCCCCGCCCCGUCCAGGAGGGCCCUGGCAGGCGACGGGGCUGCUCUGGCGACCACCGGGGCCGAAGGAUGUGUAGGCAGGCAUUCCUCCCACCCCGCGCCGAGGCCGGCCGCAAGUUCCAGGGCUGGCCCCCGUCCCCUUCUGUAUCGUUCAUCUCAGUUUCGCACCAGUUUGUCCCCGUCCCCCCGACUCAUAAAAUCUCCUUUUCUGUCCCUCUUUCAGCUCCAGCUGAGUCAGACUGAGCAGAGGGUCAGAAUAAACAGGACAUAAAAAUGCAUCCUGCUUAUCAAAGCGUCCUCGGGUGACUCUCUCCCCCCUGCUCUACUUUUCUUUGAAUCAAGCCCUUCGUUCAAAUUUUAUUUUCCACAAGGAAGAUGGUAGCAGAUUAAACCGGGCCCGUGUGGGUUUGUUUUGCAUCCAGCAAAGGUGAUAUUUAUCACUUGAAUGCCAGCUUGGUGCUGGUUGGCAGCCCAGAAACAGUGCAGAAGGAAUCCACCGGGAAUCAGAGGAGAAGACCCUUUCUGUGUGUGGGAGGGAGGGAAUGUAACCCCCCCUUUUGGAAAAUGGGAUUUGGGCAUCUGUCUCAUUUCCAUCAUAUGUCUGCAUAUCGAAUCAAAUUUUCCCUCCGGUGGUUCCAUCGACAGGCCAAACUUUACUCACGGCCUACUCUUUGUUUAAAGAUUCUAUUUUAAUUUAGAUGGAAAUCGUUCUAAAGUGUAUUUUUUACUGUGGGUGACGGUGGUGGGCAAACGGGUGGCCGUCGGGCGUUGGCGUGGACAAAGCUGGUUUGCUAAAUCCCCCCUUGAAAACUUGCAUGGCCCAGAGAAAUCGCUGGGCCAUUUCUCCAUUCAGCAGGUCUGUCUUGAAAACACCCAGGAGCCCCCCUUCCAAAUCUUUCAGCCUCUAAGGAGCAGGAUGAAGCCUUCCUUCCCGGCAUGCGUAACUCUUAACCGUUCUUUUUUCAGAGGUACCCCCGGCCAACAAAGUUAAACAAAUCAACAUAUCAGCACAAGUUCUCCCAGCAACAACCCUGGUAUUCUAACUUGUCAUUCUGGUUCUCUUCUAACAAACACACUGGAUUCCCUUUAAAAAAUAAAAUAAAAAAAUAAAAAACCCGCCCAAGGUAUUAUUUUAAAUCCUUGUGCAAUUCUGACACGGCUUCUCCUGACUCGAAAAAGAAAUCAGCAUUUUUUUUUCAUGUUUAUAUACGUACCACGAGCAGAUAUGGACUUCCACUGUUCCGGUGCAGAAUGCCGGCUUUCUCGGACCGAAUUCCAAAGCUGAUCUAACCGUUGCUUCUCUUUGGGUGUAUAAGGCAAUUUACUGUGAGUGCUGAUGCAGUUGGGGGUACAAGGAGGAGAAAAAUGUGAUUUAAAUCUCGUGUGUCUAAAGGAUGGACGGACGGUUGGUUGGUUGACUCUACGGAAUAUCUCCAGUUUCACAUAAACUUGUUAGUGAGCUGUCUGAAAGCAGCAACAGUGAAGAUAAAAAGCUAACAGUGAUUUAUUGCCACAGCUUUUGUGUUAAGAGCUCUCUCUGGGCUCUUAUUUUCUUCUCUCUUUCUGGACCCCAGAUGGGUGACUGUACUCUGUCGAGACGGAAAGAAUUCGGUUGCUUUCUGUAACAGGACAAGUAGGUUCAAUGCUAUUCCUAAAUAAAAUGCCUUUAUUUAAUCUUA